AUGGAGUCACGCCUUCUGCAACUGCCAGGCGAGCUUCGUAACAAGAUCUUCGAAUACGCUCUCACAAUUGAUGACGGAAUCUGCUAUCGCGAGGACAAGCUCGGUGUAGGCUGGCUUUGUCUCCAUCCUCAACAAACGGAACGAGAUGUCGGGGAACUUGCUCAAACUCCAGCUGCCGGCGCCAGCGGUGAAGAGCUCGAGGACGAGGCUCCGGCACGAAAACGUCGUAGGCUUACAAAGACUGGUCGAACUACCAAAAAACCCGUUGUAGCUACCAGAAAGAUGAGACGCCCUGCGCAGGUCACAGUGAACGGACAUGUCGUCGCUAACCAACUUCAAUUCGUCAACCAUCAACUUCGAAGCGAGACUAGGGCAUUGGUUAUUCGCUACAACGAUAUACACAUCCUCGGAGAAUAUCGGUAUCUCACAGAGUUCAUCGAUAGUGUUGUCGGCCAUAAGAGACUAUGGAUUCAGAAAAUCGUUAGGCGGGUGCAGUCGAAGAGGAAAUCGAGAAGGCCCAUCAAGAUCAAUUUAGAUGGAGAUGCAUUCUUCAUGGUUGCAGGAGUCAUACAUGAGUUCGGUCGCCAAAAUCACUUGUUUUUGAGCCGACUAACCCAAAACGUCAACUAUCAACAACUCGUGCGCAGUUCGGCUGGCUUUUCCAAGCUAUCGCCCUAUACCAAGAAAUUUCCCUGGGAUAAAAAGUUCGACGAGGCUGCUACUCGACGUUAUUGCGAGACGAAUGACUUCGUACAACAUUUUCUACUCCCAACUGCGCCAAAUGGCAUUGAAGGUCUAGUAGCCAUAGCCAAAGAGUGGAUCGAGAAUGGGUAUUAG